AUGCGGGAUCGCUUCACGCUCCCGUCUGGCUUCUUGGAGCCCUUGAACCCGUCACUGUCGAAAAAGCGCAGCAAGCUGCAAAGAAUGAAGAGGAAGAUGUGCAUCUAUCAGCAGAAGCUGGGGAUCUCAUUAUCCACUUCUAGCCAGCUGAGCAGCAGUGCAUUUUUUCUUACAGAGUUUAAGCCACUUCUCCAGAAGUAUGUGCUGGGCAGCACACUUGGCAAAGGAGCCUAUGGUGAAGUCCGCCGUGCCAAAAGGAAAGCUGACAGCAUAGAUGUUGCUGUCAAGAUAAGUUUUCUCAAUGACACGGACAUGCUGGAAGAGCCCAAUCAGAAGGAAGAGCUGCCUGCUGAGGUGGUGCUACUGAAGCGUGUGUGCGCCUCGCCCGCCUGCCCCAGUAUCAUCCAGAUGUUGGACUAUGUCAUCACACCCACAUAUGUAAUUAUCGUCCUGCAGCUGCUUAAGUCCUGCAUGGACCUCUGCCAGUUUCUGUACAAAAAGAAACGUGUUUUGGGGGAAGAAAAGGUGCGACUUGCCUUCCGUCAGAUCGUCGGGGCUUUCCUGCACUGCCAUACUCGGGGUGUCCUGCACAAUGACAUCAAACUGGAGAAUAUCUUGUACCAGCCGGGCACAGGUCGCAUUAAGCUGAUUGAUUUUGGUUAUGGAGACAUCCUUCAUGACCAUGAUUACACGUAUCCUCCAGGUGCCCUGCAGUACCAGCCUCCGGAGUGGAUUGUAUACAGCCGAUAUCGAGCUGAGCCAUGCACUGUCUGGGCUUUGGGGGUUGUGCUCUUCGAGCUGCUACAUGGCUUCCUGCCAUUUCAAGAGGAGCACCAGAUUGUCCUGUGUGAACUUGACUGCUUUAGUAGCAUUUCGGAAGGAAGCGAAGACCUGAUUCGGAAGUGUCUCUGCCCAGAACCAAGUGACCGACUCACUCUCUAUGGCAUCUGGAUGCACCCCUGGCUCAGAACAAAUUCAAAUCAUUAUUCUAAUGUCUGACUGCCAUUCCAGCUGUGUGUCGUGUCAUGCUAGUGAUUUGGAGGCCUUUCUUUCUACACUGCAUGCUGCUUCCUAAUGGUAAUUCCCGUUGAACUGGCAUGAGGUGACAACUGACGUAACAGAUUAGACAAAUGCCAAUGUUGCUUAUGCUAAACAAUCCCUGCCUUUCUCCUCUGAUGUACUUUGACAUCAUGACUUGCUGUAUACUACCCACGAGUAAGUUAAGAAAUGGAGCUGGAUGUGAAAUAAGCGGAGGAGAACUCGGAUCAUGUUAAGAGGUGUAACAUGUAAAAAUGUUAAAUUGAUUAUUAAUGCCACUCUGGAAGGCUGUAGGCAGAUCAGGUUAAGGUGCCAUUUUGU